UGGUUACGGCGUUACAAAGCCCAACUCAUUAAAGCCAUAGGAUGUGGAGAUGCUGAAAUCGCCAACAGACGCCAAGCAGAGAAGGCAAUGAGAAAACGUAAGCAGGAGGUCACAAUGGAAAACCUAACCUCAAAAUCUAGACCGAUGAGAAAACGUAAGCAGCAAGUCACAGAGGAAAACCUAACCCUAACCGUAUCAUCCUCCGGACCCAAUAAGCGAUCUGUAGAAGAAUACUUUGAUCGGAUCCCUGUUGAUCUGGUCAUCAAAAUCUUGUCGAGGUUAUUUUCCGGCAAGUAUAUGGCUCAGUCUCGUUGUGUAUGUAACCUCUGGUCGUCGAUAAUUCGCCGUCCAAAUUACAAUCAGUUGUUCCCGAUCAACUCUCCGGAUCCACCACCGAGACUCCUUUUCACCUUCGUAGCUGGAGAAAAGCUCUACUUCUACUCGGCACCUGAGCCUCAAAAACCUGAUCAAAUUAACAACUCUUCUCUUGCAGCCACGCUUCAUCACACAUGUUCUCGUAACACAGAUGUCUCUAAAGUCUGUCUUCCUUUACGUGGACUGGUUUGUCAUCAACGAAUGGAAGAGAAUCAUAUAGUGUCUGUGAUUUCUAAUCCCAUCACAGGAGAAUCUGUAACCUCACCCAAAGUAAAAACGGACGGGAUCGAGGCAAAAAACUAUUUUGGGUAUGAUCCAAUUGGAAACAAAUUCAAGGUAUUGUGUUUAACUUGGUCGCAUCGUGGAACUCUUCAGCAUCAAGUUCUCACAUUAGGGACUGAGAAACUCUGGUGGAGAAAGAUCCCAUGUUGCAUUUCUUAUUCUCCUCGAAAUGAUGAGAUAUGCAUCAAUGGUGUUUUGUAUUACACAGCAUCUGCCAACGAUAGUAUUAUCGUCUGCUUUAAUGUUAGGUCUGAGAAAUUCGAUUUUAUAACCCGGAGACCUGAGAAAUUCUAUUUAAUGAAGCGAACUUCUACUCUGAUAAACUACAAGGGUAAACUAGGUUUAGUUGAUACUCAAGACUAUGAUGAUGGUUUCGUGUUGUGGGUUUUAGAGGAUUCCGAUGAACAUAAAUGGUCAAAGCAUAUCUUGGUAACGCCCCUCCAAUGGAAUGCAGUGCAUGCAUUCGUUGAACCAUACUUAGGUUUACUCCUGGGGUGA